AUGAAGCUACUGGAAACCAUAUUUACGAAAAUAGACGCAGAGCCGAAUGCACCCAUGGCAGCAUUCGACGGAGCAGGGUGGUUCAGCGGCGUCAAAAUCAUAAAAUGUAAGGAUGACCCCACGCUCACAUGGCUAAAGGAAGCGGUAAAAACGCUUCAAGGCCUGUGGGAGGGGGCAUCACUGGAAAUUAUUGAUCGCAGCUGCAUUCCCUCAAUACCGGAGGCAAAGGUUUUCAUUCCGCGAGUGGUAAAACCGGAAUAUGCGCUGCGACUACUACAAAGACAGAACACAGACGUGCCGACAGACGAUUGCAAAGUGUUGAGCGUGGAGGUAGUAUCCAACCCCGAGAAGGUACUGAGGCCAGAUGCUGAAAGUCCUUCAGAUAAACCUCCACAACAGUAA